AUGGGCUUCUUCACGGGCUUUAUGAGUGGCUUCGCCCUCACUACUUCAGCCCUCUACAUCACCAUCACAAUCCACCGCACCAACCGCCUCGAACAGCGACGGCAGAUCCGCGACCAAGUGGACCAAAUCAACUGGCUCACCUCCUCUCUUGGCGCCUACGACCGUCGCAAUUUGCCCGAGGAAACUCGACGUCCACUCUCGGAGCGGCUGACGCACCAGGAUGAACCUGUCACCAUUAAGGGAGUUCUCAAGCACCGGUGGAACACGGAGGUUCAGAAGCUGGCUCGCAAGGCACAAGAGAGUACGUGGGAGGAUGUGCGAGAUGCCUCGGUUGAGGCGUGGAAGAGGGUUUCGCAGUACGUGAAGAAGGAGUAG